AUGCAACAGAACUCCCCACUAAUAUCGCAUGCAACAGAUUUCAAUACAUCUGAUGAAUGGAAGCAACCAUCCGCUCGACGCCCAGCAACUCAGCGAUUGCGAACAGUCCGCAUUCUCACACAGGUCCAUCCAGAUUUACUCAUUCCGUACUUAUAUAAUGAGCGAGGAAGUCGCAGUAUUAAUGCCAUUGUACAUAGCACGGGAUGCACGAUUGACUAUUGUGCCUUAUCACCGAACGAGCCCGAGCGAUCGCCGCAGAGUCAGGCGUAUGUGAUGAAUUUUUUGAUGUCCGCACGCUCACGUGAAACGCUUGAGAGCGCCAUAAGACAAUUGAAUACGCUAGUGGAGCGAGUGCAGGUGUUUUUUCAAAAAAAAGCGAGAGUAAGUCAACCUGCAAGAAGCAUGGACGAGUUGUACAACAAAAGAAAUCCCUGUUAUGAACCAGUGAACAAUAUUCGAGAUCGACGAGACUUGAAAUCAAGAAUUUACGCUACAGAUGCGAUGGCUUUUGAUGGCGAGACUCUUUCGAAUAAUAGCUGGACUUUUGAAGAGGCUGAAGAAGAUUGGAAUGUAGCGAGAGGGUACUAUACUUUGGAUGGCUACACUUCAAGAAAGCGUCCGGGAUAUCGGAAUAUGUCGGAUGUGGAAUCAGAUGAAAAGAGCGAUUUUAUGACCACAGGUAGACAUUUUGAUGGCGACUUUGCUGAAACGAAAGCUUCGUGUGCAUCAGGAAACCGGUUUUCAGGCGAUUUCGGUGCAAGUCGUCGAGCACGACGAUAUCCGGGUCAAUCCUGGGUGACUUCGAGAAGUUACCCGAAUCAUGUACCGGAUCCAGAGUAUAGUAUGUAUACAGAUGCUUUACAGAGUGAAAGAAAACCUACGCAGCGAAUUAUGCGCGAUCGGCAGCCGCGCUAUACAUCAAAUAUUUAUGACCAGUCAGUGUAUGGUCCACAUGAAUACGAGGAUCCGUAUGAGGAUGAAAUUAAACUCACCUAUGAGAAUGAACGCUAUAAUGCGCCCCAAUAUAUGCGUCGAAUGCAUUCGAAACGGAGUUUAAAACGGCCGCUGAGCAACGUGCGAAGCGACAGGCCUGCGCCACCACCAAUUUAUCGGCAACGUUACCCUUUGAGAGCUGAGUAUGCAUAUGAUGAUGAAGAGGACGAAUGGAUGAUUGAGAACGAAGAUAUGGCAUAUGGCUAUGAUCCCCAGUCUUUUUUUGGUAAAAUGCCUGCUUUCCGUCGUGAACAUCGAAUUUAUAGUGGUGAUAAUCAUAGGUGGAGUAAUUUUGCCGCACCAGGGCACCUACUACCACAAAUGUAUAAACGACGUUGUAUUCCGCGGGAAAAUGUAUCAGUCGAGGAUGAUGAAAUGGUUUGUAGAGGUUCCCCCUACGAGCAUGUCAUUCGUGACAGUUCUAGACCUACAACAGAACGAAUGGAUCAGCAUGAUCAUGUAGUUGGUAAUGCAGAGUCACAGUCUGUAGAUGCACAACACAUUACGGAUAGAAUUGAUAUAUCGGCUGAGGACGAAUCGUCUGUGUCAAUUAUGAGCGAUUCAAGUUUCGGCAAUGCUGUUGUAGAUGCAGAGAACCGUCAAUUUUUGGCAAAUGAUAGCAUUGCAGCCAAUAGUGCGAUUAAUUUAGCGGUUGAUUCUGCCGGUGUGAAAUCAGGCAGCUCGGCACGAGUUUCUGAGCUUGACCAGACAAACGAUUUGGGUGCCGAGGUGUUCCAGUCCGCGUGCGACAGAGGUGUUGAGAGUGACCUAGAACAAAAUUGUGUAAGUUUUGAACUUGACUCUCAAAGUACUACAUCUUUAGAGACUAGCGACGUGAAGGCUGAUGUUGCGUCGCUAGCGAAGUCCAAUGUUAUUUCACUUUCUCCAAGUAACUUACCUGUAAAUCGUGUGGAAAACCCUACAUGUUCAACGACGAAAGAAGCCGGUUGCAAUGUUCCAUGCGAUGUCACGAGUGCUGCAACAUCCUCAGACGAAAAGGUUGAGCGACCGCAACUGAUAGAGCUUAACGUUUCACGAGAAGAUAAUUUACCUUUUCAAGCAUCGACAACUUCUGACACUGGCGAAUUCAAUCCUGGCGAUUCAAAGCAUACGCCUUUGGGGUCUGUAACUUCCUCCACAAUGGUUGAUAAUGUCCUGACGGACACGAUACGAAUUAACAAUCAUAUAAUUGCAUCCUUGGAGCGAGUGAACAAGGUGGAGGCAGACUUUGUUCUGUUAAGAAAAAUGCUCACCGAGCAAAAAGGUAAAUAUCAUCAAUUGUCGAAUAGAAGCACAUGCUACCACAGACUGGCAGUAUCAUGUGGCAUGAUAUACAAAGUUCAAUAUCAACUCAGCCUGCAGCCGAAUAAAUUGAACGAGACGCGCAAACAAAAGGUGCUAGAAAUGCUAGAUCAUUGUCUGGAAAAUCUAUUGAUUGACGGCGAACAGACCUUACAAGAAAAAACUGCCGCGCUGCAACACGAAGUGGAACAUAUUCUUGCUGUACACGGACUCGGAUUUCUUAAUGGAGAAUCAAUAGGCAAAUCAGUGAUUUCCGGGCAUGGCGACAAAGAGUUUUCCUCGGCGCACUCGAAUGUUAUUGAACACAAUAAAGAUAAAAGUGUUGACACAAUUAGUAGAGACUGGGAGAAUGAUGACGGUUAUACCGAGAGUACAUCAACAGAUCUCGCAAGGGAUGACGAUCUAGACUUUGUGUCGCAAUCUUAUUAUCCGAAAAACAACACGAUCUUUGAAGACGAUUUGUCUACGGUUAAAUUUGAGCAGAAGACAUCUACUUCUCGGCCCCAGAAAAUGCCACCAUUUGUUUGGUCUUUGUUAACACGGGCAAUUUCAUCUGAUCCGCAAUCAUACGUUAUGAGGGCGACGUCUAAGCGCCUUAUGGAUGAGAUUGCAAAAGGAGAUCCAUAUUAUUAUUUACACCCGACGAAAAUCGGCAACGACACCGCGACCUCGACGUCAGUGUUGCGGUCUCGAUCGUGUGAAUUCGGAUGUGGUGGUGCUUCAGCUGUGAAAUGGAAAAGAAAACUGGUCUCACAAAUCAAUUCACGCAUGAAGUUUUUUGACAACGUAGCUUACUUGCUCGCUCGUCGCAGCAGAGGCGAGGAGGCACUUAAUCGUAAAAAGAUGAAUUCAAUCAUUCGAAAGUUGCAUCUCGUGGCGAUGCAACUGCACUCGUUAGUAUCGCAUAUAUACUGCAUUCAAGGGCAAGCAAGGUGCAGAGAAGGUGAUUCGUUACCAACAAAACUAAAUAGCUCUCACUUUGCACGCAGGAUGGGUGUGUACAAAUCAAAAUUAAAGCUCGUGGUGCCGCUUACUUAUCAGCAGCAAUCAGCCUCACACCAACAGUGCAGUGCCGAUGAUGUAACAGAAGAUCUUCUUCAAGAUACGUUCGAGUUCUUUCCUGAGCUUCUUCUCUGCGUUGAUAUUUGGGGAUUCAAUUAUCGAGAAAGUCAAUCUAAGCGACACAUUAGCAAAGUUGUUCUCAGUGGUAACUCUGCUGGCUCAGACGUACACUUCCCGCUUGCAUUCUUACGCGAAGUUGAGGGAUCGGCGUUUGAUUUCGAGCAUGAUAACAAUGGCCGGCUUAGUCAAAUAUGCGAUGAACUAUUAAACCUUGUAUGUUUGUGGAAUGAUCUAAAGUGGACUGAUAGUUUGGAAAAUGUGGCAUUGGAUCGGGUGCUCUCUUUUGAGACAGAUGUCACUGCUAGCAUUUCGAAAGUAUUGGAUCUUUAUGCUCAUCAUUUGCAAGCUCUUUGGGCUGUGCGUCUGUUUGAUGAUCCUGAACAGCUUCAAAGCGUUCACUUUACGCAUCUCAACGCAUACUAUAGUGAUAGAAGUCAAAGUACGACUUCAAAUGGAACGAGUAGUGUUGACAGUGAUGUGAACGCUGUGGACUAUUUAGUGGCAAACGCAAUAGUGGAGCAACGUCAUGUUGAAAAGUAUUGGAACCGCAAAGUUACAACCUUGUCUGUGUACAACUCGGACGAUGACGCUUCAGAAUUGACUGAAAGAGGGCCACACACAAAUCAGCUUUUAAGUAUCGACGCGAUAUCUUCUUGGAACAAAGAUACCCUCCUGCGUUACUUGCUGCGGUGGAGUGACGUGUAUGGGAUUCGCACUGAUGCAAAUGUGCUUUCCGCUGUCACAAACCACAUGAUCAAACAUGAAGUUCAGAAGCACAUAUUUUCUAGACACAAUGACGAAUCUAAUCCAGUUGAAGGCGAUUCGAUGGUUGAUCUGUCGACUAGCAAACUCCUGACAGCCGUUAGACGCGCGCAAAUUUUGAUACAAGACGCUUUAAUCAUGGCCAAGAAGCUCGCGCUUCAUUCUGCGUGCCACCAACUUCUGAACGAGCGAAAAUACUCAUUAUAUGUUGAACCGGACAUUAUAGACGGUGAGGUCGCUUCAUCUAGCGAUACGCAAUCCCUCUGCACGACAAUGAACACUCAUAAUCAAGCUGUCUCGGAUUUAGAAUCUCACUCGGUUGCUCGUGGGUCUUGCGAUGCUGAAAAGUACGGCAGUGAUGCUCAGAAAGAGGCCUUAGACACUGACCCGGCCCAGGAUCAGCCGGAGGUGAAGGAUCUUAUCCAUUUGUUGGCAGUAACAAAACAGGAAAUGCAAGAGCUUUGUGGCCGUAGACCACGUUCUGCUCGUAUGCGGGAAAAGGUGCAGACACAAUCAUUGCAACUCGCUCGGCAGACGGUUGAAAUAUUCCGCAAUAUUCGGAACAUGUACGAGGCUCAGCGUCGAUAA